UUGUGGUGACGUUUACCACAAUCGACGUCAGCAUGAAGUCCACGAAGACUGUCUCCUAAUUUUUCCUAAACUUUUCCAUAUUUUAGCUGAUCAUUACAAUUUUAGAUUUAAAUUUUUACAGAAUAGCAAUGGAGUUGACAGAGGUAGUGUCACCUACUGUAGCGGUUCCAGUUUUAUGCGUUUUAGUUUGUGCAUUUUUGGUAUUUGCGUUUGGCUUCAAAUCGCCAGCUCAGCCUCCCAGUUUUGAUGUGUUUGAUGAAGAUGGAAAGAAAAAGAGGGUGAAGAAGUCAAAGGGCAGUAAAGGACAAAGUAACGGCCAUGCAGUGACUGCUGGAGAAGGGGAUGUAAACAAUAGUGCCAAAGUUCAGUCAUCUCCUCGCCAGACUGUCAAGCAGCAAUCAAGUAAACCACAGGCAGCUGUAACAAAGAGCAAGACAGCCGCUCAACCUGCACAGGAAAAUACUAAAAAGGGAAAGAAGCAGGCUUUGAAGGAGGAAGAGCAAAAAGUUGUAAAGAAGUCAGCAGUAGAAGAAGAUGUUAAUGAUGUUGAUGGUUGGCAUACAGUCCCAAAGAAAGACAAGAAGCAAAAGAAGAAGGAGAAUGAAUCCAAACAGGAGAGACAGGACUCUCCAGUGAAGGAGGAAGAAAUAGUGGUGAAGGUUGAGGAACCAGUAUUAGCCGCAUCUAGUGCUAACAAGACUGAAGAAACUCCUGGUUCCCCACAAGAACAGAGGAACAAGAAGAAGAAGGAGAGAAAAAAUAAAAAAACAAAAGCGGAAGAGGAAGUUGUGGAACAGACAAAGGUUGAGGCACAGAUUGUAAAAGAGGUAGCACCAGUUGUCACACCUGAACCAGUAGUCAUUGACACUAAUAUUGAAAUGCAAAUAAAGGAUGCCAUGGAAACGACUGUUAACAAUGAUGAAGUUACUGUAGAGAAGAAGAAAAAAAGUAAGAAAGAUAAGAAGAAGGCGCUAGAAGAUGAUUUUGUGAUUCCUCAGCCUGCCAGCAUUGUAGCGGAACCAGUCCAAGAUCUUCCUUUAACAGAGAACACAGACGCUUUAACUGUAAAAGUAGCUAAAAAGAAACAGAAAAAAGAUCGAAAUAAAAAGAGUGAAGAGAAAUUACCGGAGAGUUUAGAGAUAGGUGCUAGUGGUGAACUGGAAUCUAGUCUUUCACAAUCUUCUGUCUCUAAUACACAACCAAAGAAAACCAAACUCAAAGAAACUGUAAAAGAAGUUCCUGUAGUGAUAGAAACGAGCAUUGAGGCCGGGGCCUCGUCUGACACAGCCAUCCCAGG